GUUUGUCAGUUCGCGAACAGCCGUGCGUUAGCACAGUUCGGUUCUCACUUACGGUGUUUCGAGUACGGGCCGAGUGAUCGCUUCCGACCGCCAUUUCGCCGUCGUAGCAUGUGCCCACUAGUCCGGAAUCACGUAUACUACUUAGCGCAUCGUCAAUCGUGCAAUAAACUCGUCUCUUACGGCUACCGUUAGACAGAUAGCCACAUCCCCGCGAUCCUCACUUUCGCGUUCUCGCGAUAAAGAAAUAGUCUCGCUUCUUUUUGACUCAUCGCGCCUUUCGAGAGUGUUCGGAUGAUCGCGUGUGCGGUGAUAGUAUGAUCUCUUGGAUAUUUCAGUGAGUUCUCGUAGCGAGCCCCUAUACCGGGUGGCCGAGUCGACCGCGCGCUCGAAGUAACGGCUCGUUCCUUCGAUCUAUCGCUAACGGCUGUGCGCGGCGAUAAAAAAGGGAGAUAGAGAAAGUCGAGAGUCGGGCCGAUACGACAACCAGAAUCGUGGACGAGGGGGAGAAGGAAAGGGCGCGCAGUGUUUGUUCAAAGGAUCGACUGAUUUCCGAGAAGAGGACUCGACGGUUGUCACCAUGAGCUGCUGCACCAGUGCGCCUAUGGUUACGCAGACCUGCGAGACCCUUGUCAGCAAGUGCGAGAUCCCAAUCAUCGAUCUCGCUCAUAUGGGUACAGAGAGAUGCCCCCAGAAGGGAGUCGUAAAGCAGGUGGCCUCGAAACUGCUAAGGGCGCUGUCCGAGAAAGGAUUGGCCUUGCUCGUCAACCACGGCAUUCCAGAGUGUAAGAUGAAGGCUGCUUACAGAGCUCUAGAUACAUUUUGCGAGCUACCAGAUGAAACGCGAGCAAAAUACGAGCGCGUUUCGCCAGAUAAUCACGGUUACAUUAAACCAGGCAUGGAAAAAUUUUCAGACGAGAUGGAAUUCCGUCACGCAUUCAAUGUAACCGGAUAUGAAGGAACUCUGCCGGAGGAUGAGGUUCAUGGAUUUAGAUCAGCAGUAGAGGAAUUGGCACGCGAUUUCAAGCAAUUGGCCUCCAUGCUUCUUACUGCUCUGUCUGUGGGUUUGGAACAGUCCCACGACUUCCUGUUGUCCAAGCACGCGCAUAUGCUCGGCCCUGGCAACGCGUCCACCCUACGUCUUCUUUACUAUCCGCCACUCGGUGCACCGGUACAAGGCCUGACCCGAUGCGGCGCCCACUGUGACUAUGGCACUUUCACUUUGUUGGCGCAAGAUUGCGAAGGCGGUCUUGAAAUACAAAUUCCACAUGGGAACGAUGGAGAACGAUGGGCUAGAGUGGGCCAUCUGCCAGGCGCCAUAUUGGUGAAUACUGGCGAACUACUGGCGCAUUGGACUAAUGAACAGCUUCCAGCACUUAGACAUCGCGUCGUUAUGCCAGAACACUGUGGUCGCGGUCGUCACUCCGUCGCCUUUUUUGUACACCCGGACGAUAAUGUCCCCAUCGAACCGUUAGAGACAAAGAUCACUACAGCCAACCAGGAAUCGAUCCCUUGCCGUCUCCAAAAGAAGAAACGUAGCGUUCUCUCGGCGUAUCAGCAUCUUCAACGACGAUUUCGCGAAACUUAUGCAUCUUAAUAUACUCCACGUGAUUUCCCCGGAUAUCUUGUUAAGGUGAUCUAUAUUGCCAAACUAAAAUUAAAAAUUAAAUUUUCACAGA